AUGUCGAUAAGUCCAUUGAAUAAAACGUCUCUUCUCUACUCGAAUAUGCUGAAAAACCACUUUUUCUCACCGUUUUUCAUUCAAUCAUUGAUCGCAUCGAAGCAAAACGCUAUUCAACAAGAUCUCCCAUCCCAUUCAAGUCCAGAUGAAGACGAAGAGAGCAUUGACGAUCACGACAAUAAGCACAAACGUACACGAACGAACUUUACGUCUUCGCAAAUCGUCGAACUAGAAAAAGCUUUUCAAAAUGGUAUUGCUCAUCCUCUCGUCACCUUCUUCUCGUUUGAUCAUUUGCUUUUCAUUUCAGGUCAUUAUCCAGACAUUUACAUGCGCGAGGCAUUGGCGAUUAAAUUAGAUUUAAUUGAAUCUCGUGUGCAAGUCUGGUUUCAAAAUCGACGCGCUAAGUGGAGAAAGAUAGAAAACACGAAGAAAGGUCCCGGCCGUCCGGCACACAACGCUCAUUUACAGACGUGUUCAGGUGAACCAAUCUCUCACGAAGAAAUUGAACGCAAACGUUUGUUAGCCGAAGAACGUAAACGGCAAAAGCAAACUAAAAACUGCAAAUCUGCGAAUAGCGAUGGCAAUUCAUCGACUUCAUCUUCCGUAUCGCCGAAAUUACCGAACAAAUCCUCGUACUCAAUCGAACGAAUUCUCUCUCAAUCGCCCGCGAUCACUACUCGUAAAACUUCCUAG